CCGCGGGCGUCACGUGACAGGGGCGCAGCUCGGCUUCGGCGGCCGCCAUGUUGCGUGGCCCUUUGGGUGGUCGGGCCGGGGAUGGCGUCCUCCUCCUCCCCGGAGUCCAGCAAGUGGCUCUCGGGGGUGAACGUGGUGCUGGUGAUGGCCUACGGGAGCCUGGUCUUUGUGCUCCUCUUCAUUUUCGUCAAGAGACAGAUCAUGCGCUUUGCCAUGAAGUCCCGCCGUGGCCCCCAUGUGCCAGUUGGCCAACAUGCACCAAAGGCCCUGAAGGAGGAGAUUGACAUCCGGCUGUCACGGGUUCAGGACAUCAAGUAUGAGCCCCGGCUGUUGUCCCACAACGACGUCCGCCUCCUUCAACUGGAGUCACCUCGAAGCCCAUUUUGCUAUAACUACGUGUACAGGAUGAAGGCCUUGGAUGCUAUUAGAGAUUCAGAGAUCCCAUUCUCCGCCGAAGGCAGACACCCCAAAUCCUUGAUAGGGAAGAACUUCCGCACCUACCUGGUGGACCUGCGGAACUCCAGCACUCCUUUCAAAGGCAUCCGGAAGACGCUGAUUGACACUCUCCUGGACGGGUACGAGAGUGCCCGCUACGGCACGGGGACUUUCGGCAAGAUAGAAUUUCUCAAGUACCAGGAAGCUUUGUACGAGCUGGCAGCAAUCAUCAAGGCCCGAGGAGGGAGCAGCCAGCGGCAGCAUCAGUCUGCAGCCAAGGACCUGACCCUCUCGCCGGACCUUUCUGGCCCGACCACCAUCCAGGUCACCUACCUGCCCUCCAGCCAGAAGAGCAAGCGAGCCAAGCACUUCUUGGAGCUCAAGAGCUUUAAGGACAACUACAACACCUUGGAGAGCACCCUGUGAUCUCCUACCUUUGACGCACAAAAUGGCUCGAGGCCUUUGCCCCUUAUGGGCAGCCCUGGCCAGCUGUUGGUUUGCCUGCCGGGACCAAGAAGACUGGGUUUUAUUGGCUGGCGGUUGCUGCCAGCAGGCGCCUUUCCAGGGACCAUUUGAUGUGGAGCAUGUUGCUGCUUUGAGCUGGGGAAUGUCUUGAAUUCUCCCUUCCCGGCCCCACCCACCCCCACCCUUGCAGUUUUGUAAAUAAACAAUUCAGUUACCUCUUUUAA